CGUGCUCGAGGUGUGGCUUAGAGGGCUGUAUGACAGUGGGGCAGCUGCUGUGUUGUCUGCAGAUUGUAUGACACCGUAUAACGGCCCAUUAGUGCGAUUUACCGGGGCUGUAUCCCGUUUACAGUCUGGAGAUGGAGCCCUUCAUGAAUGAGGAGUGCACUGACAAUGGGCAGGGAUAAGGGAUUGGUGUGAUAGUUGCAGACUGUGCCUGGCUCCUGGGUGACAGGUCUGGCUCUGGGUGCAAUUUAAAUGGCUGCUGAUCAGGGUGCUGAUGCUUUGAUGGGCUCUCUCCGGGUUUAACUGGUACAGUAUGAUAUCCCAAAGAGACAAGGCAGGGGAUCUGGCCCGGUUCUACACAGUCACCGACCCCAGGAGGCACCAGAAAGGCUUCACCAUCUACAAAGUCACCGCAAGGACUGUUUCCAGAAAGAACCCGGACGAUGUACAGGAGAUAGUGACUUGGAAAAGAUACAGCGACUUUAAGAAACUGCACCGAGAUCUCUGGCAGAUACAUAAGAAUCUCUUCAGACAGACUGAGCUCUUCCCUCCUUUUGCUAAAGCGAAGCUGUUUGGGAGGUUUGACGAGUGCGUGAUAGAGGAGAGACGCCAGUGUGCCGAGGACCUGCUGCAGUUCUCCGCCAACAUCCCGGCUCUGUACAACAGCCCCCAGCUGGAGGACUUCUUUAGGGGUGGAGAAGUGCAUGAUGGGUCAGAUCUGAUUGGUCCCGCAGAACCGUUUGGGGAUUUUCCCGACAGCCUCUCGGACUGCAGUUCUGAAGUGAGAAAAGACUCUUGUGGACUAGAUGACGUGACAUUCACCAGCCAGUCUGAAUGCGGGGGUCUCUCUAGUGACAGCGACCUCAUCUCAUUGACUGUGGAUAUAGACUCUCUGUCCUGGACCGAUGAUGGAAUGGCUUCCGAUCAGAUUUCACCCAGUAAACCGCUCUCCGUUCCUCCAUCCCCUGGGGCAGUAGCGCAGAACUUUCCUGGUUCCAGUUAUGAAGGGGUUAAAACCGAAGCAGAAAAAGAGAGCCGCAGCUUGUUCGCUGCCAAACUCAAGCAGAAGCUUGGCAAGUCCGAUUACCUGACGAGGGCGGGCGAGCUGAUAACCUUGGCCAUGAAGAAGGAGACUGAGCAGGACUACGAAGCUGCAUUCGGAUUUUACCGGAAAGGCGUCGAUCUCCUCUUGGAGGGCGUACAAGGGGAGGCAAGUCCUACACGACGUGAAGCGGUGAAGAAGAAGACGGCGGAGUAUCUGAUGCGCGCAGAAACCAUUUCCAGCUUAUGUCUGAACCGUUCCUCAGAGGCGAGCAUGCCCCGAGAUCCUCCAGGAGCAGAGAGUUCAAGGCCCUCUUCGAACCUGAGGAGUCCUGCGGAGGAACUGAAGGCCUUCAGAGUCCUUGGGGUGAUUGACAAGGUUCUGCUCGUCCUGGACACAAAGACUCAGGAGACCUUUAUUUUAAAAGGGCUGAGGAAAAGCAGCGAGGAGUCCGGGAGCAGAAAGACUAUCGUUCCCCGCUGCGUGCCCAACAUGGUCUGCCUGCACAAGUACAUCAUCUCGGAGGAGUCGGUAUUUCUCGUGCUGCAGCAUGCCGAAGGUGGGAAAUUAUGGUCCUACUUAAGUAAGUUUUUAAGCGGGAGCGCAGAAGGAAGCUUCGAUGUCCCACUGGCUAAAAGUUCUCACUCGAAUGAAGAUCUUCUGAAAAACCUAGCACCGUGUCCAAGAAAUAGCGUGGAGUCUAGGGCGAGCAGUACCGGAAACAGGCUUUCUGUGCAGCCCCUACAAAGUAGCCUUACUCUAAGUUCUCAGGAUGAUAGCAGUACUCAAGACGAAGAAGGGAGAGAAAGUCCAUUGAAGUGGGCAGAUUCGGCCUCCAGCUCAGAGGAAGAAUGCACCACAAGCUAUUUAACACUGUGCAAAGAAUAUGGCCAGGAACAAAUUGAGCCAGGAACAUUAAGUGAUGAGCCUUUACUUAAACUAGGGGAUGGGGACAGUACCAAAGAUUUAGAUCUAAUGCAAAAAGCUCUUUCGGGCCCUUUCAACAAAUUUGGCUCGGAGCUCAAUUUUGAUGCGUUCAAGUUAUUAAAUGAACAUGGAGAGCAGGAGAUGAGUGGAAACUCAGGGAUGUCCGAUGCCUUGAACAAAUCCAGGAAUAGUCCGAUGGAAUUUUUUAGAAUAGACAGCAAGGAAAGCACUAGUGACUUGCUUGGGACAGAUUUUGUUGAUAAGGGAUAUAACCUAAAACCUGAGAAUUGCAAAACGUUUUCUCCUUUUCAAGACGACGAGGUUGACCCUGAUGCUCAAAGCUUAGAUGAUGUUAAGCCAAGUAUGAGCACCCAUGACACUAUGAGUCGUGGAUCAAAUGACUCCGUUCCUGUUAUUUCCUUCAAAGAGGCUGCUCUUGAUGACGUGAGCAGCAUCGAUGAAGGAAGGCCAGAUCUGCUGGUGAACUUGCCCGGUGCUCAACUGGUAGAUACUGAACAAAGCUCAAAGAAUGUUUACAUAGAAAAUGACGUUAUGGACUCCAAGCUUCUGGAAACACCUGAUGUCUUACAAAUAAAAAGUAGCAUAGACAAAUUAAUUGAACUUGAAAACAACCUUCUUGCGGUCGGAGACCAUUCGACUGAAUGUGAAUCCCGAAACAUAACUCUAUGCCCCAUUAGUGUUGACCUGCAGUCUACUAGUCUCAGUGGUUCUGAUAUACUUUGCAGCCUAAAACCCUUGGACCCACGAUUAAAUAAUUCACCUUCUUCCUCCAUAUCUCACAACUCCUCUAUUCUGGAAGCUUCCCAGCUACAACAGGACUCUUGUGCUGCCCAACAGUCCUCCGACUCUGAGUUUCGGAAAGAGUUGUCCACCAACCUAAUGCAGCUUCAGAUCAGAAUUGAGGACACGGAUGAAAGUUGCGCGGGGCAGCGAGAUCUACGGGAGGACAGCGAGAUACAUAAAAUAUUUCAAGAGCUGGAUGCAAAAUUGUCAGAAGCAUCAUGCUUCUUCAUUCCAGAGUCCUGCAUUCGGAGAUGGGCUGCCGAAAUCGUUGUAGCCCUUGACGCUCUGCACCAAGAAGGAAUUGUGUGUCGGGAUUUGAACCCAAACAACAUCUUAUUGAAUGAUAGAGGACACAUUCAGCUAACAUAUUUUAGCAGGUGGACGGAGGUUGAAGAUUCGUGUGACAGCGAUGCGGUGGAAAGAAUGUACUGUGCCCCAGAGAUUGGCGGUAUUUCAGAGGAGAUGGAAGCCUGCGACUGGUGGAGCCUGGGUGCCCUGCUCUUUGAGCUUCUCACUAGGAAGGCACUGGUUGAUUGCCACCCAGCAGGGAUCAGCACCCACACCUCCAUCCACAUGCCGGAAUUUGUGUCCAAAGAGGCGCGCUCCCUGGUACAGCAGCUCCUGCAGUUUAACCCUUUGGAGCGUCUGGGCGCCGGGGUCGCUGGUGUUGAAGACAUCAAAUCUCACCCUUUCUUUAAUGGUGUGGACUGGGGGGAGUUUACAAGAUGAGCUGACAUUUGUAAGGACCUCUGGAGAAGACGGCUCCUUAUACUUCAUGCAAUGCUACAAGGAAACCAAGACAUUGGACCCUUCCUUAGAGGAAUCUGUGUGUGGCCCCUGACGGUUAUUCUAUAAAGUGACCCUCUAGCCAUGAAGCGUCAUACUGUCCAUGACCGAUACCCCGGAGCAAGACCCCACCCUACAGAUUAUACUGCAGUCCCCAAAAAAGAUUGGAUGUGAAAGACCAAUGAGCCGUCCAUGGUGGUCUGAUAUGCAUGUUCUGUGCAGAGGAACGAAUGUAGAAGAUACAAGUAGAGGAUGGACUUAGCAGAGUGCGUUAUGUAUAGAAGUAGCAGGGCUGAGUGUGUCAUGUACUGUAAUAUCACAGUGUGGUUUUACCUAUUUAAACAACUUUAUGGGGGUCAUUACUUUAGAAAACUCCUAUCCUAUACCCUCCACUGACCGCCCUCUAUUAGCCUGGUCAGAGAGGCAUCACAAAGAGUGGCUCCUGCUCUGGGGGGCCCCGCACUGCCAGGCAUUACACUACUGCAGCAUUUGGUUAAUUUUAUUGCCAGUCAUUUUAAAAUUCCUUGCCUGGGGGUGGGGGGCACUAGAAAUGGACCCCCCAUAUUCAUCCUUUCAUCUGGGGAGGAAGCUGCUGAGCAACUCUAUUGCAGAUGGUUGUAUAACAAGUUGUGUCUAAUAUUGCAGAGUUGCCCCAUUAAUUGAAUUAAAUUGAAUAGUUCGAGCUUCAGUACCAAAUACGACCUGAUUACCUGAGUGGCGCUGUUUCUGCAUGGGACCCGCUUCUAUGGGAUGCCAUAGUGGGACCCACUCUGAAAUAUCUCGCCCGUGGCUUCAGUAUGAAAGACGUUGUCCAGGAUUAUCAGUCGAUAACCUAUCCCCUGAUACUCGAUUGAUCGGAGGUCGAUCCCCAUUGAUCUCUUCUAAGAUCAAUCCUUUGAUCAACCCCUUUAGGUGACAAACUUAGCUCUGCUGCAUCUGUAUUGAAAACAUUUUUUUUUUAAAUAAAACAUUGAAUAGUCUGACAAUAAUGGCAUCUACUGGA